ACUUUCUUUUUCUCUUGGAGCUGAGCUACAAGAUAACAGGACUGAACAGGGAGCCAACUGUUUCUUUGGACAGUAAAUCAGGAACACCAAUGGACCAAAAUGAACACAAUCACUGGGGAUCACAUGCAAAGGGCCAAUGUGCCAGCAGAUCUGAGCUGAGAAUCAUCCUUGUGGGCAAAACAGGAACCGGCAAAAGUGCUGCAGGGAACAGCAUCCUCAGGAAGCAAGCAUUUGAAUCGAAGCUGAGUUCCCAGACCUUGACUAAGACUUGCAGCAAAAGUCAGGGAAGCUGGGGAGAUAGAGAGAUUGUCAUUAUUGACACACCAGAUAUGUUUUCUUGGAAGGACCACUGUGAAGCUCUGUACAAAGAGGUGCAGAGGUGCUACUUGCUCUCUGCACCAGGACCCCAUGUGCUGCUCCUGGUGACUCAGCUGGGCCGCUACACCUCACAGGACCAGGAGGCUGCACAGAGGGUGAAGGAGAUCUUUGGAGAGGAUGCCAUGAGACACACAAUUGUCCUCUUUACCCACAAGGAAGACCUCAGUGGUGGCUCCCUGAUGGAUUACAUGCGCAACUCUGAUAACAAAGCCCUAAGCAAGCUGGUGGCAGCAUGUGGUGGGCGAAUCUGUGCCUUUAAUAACCGUGCUGAAGGGAGAAAUCAGGAUGACCAAGUGAAGGAGCUAAUGGACUUGAUUGAGGAUCUGUUGAUGGAGAAAAAUGGUGAUCACUAUACCAAUGGGCUGUACAGCCUAAUACAGAGGUCUAAAUGUGGAUCUGUGGGAUCAGAUCAAAAAUUAAAGGAAUUCAAAGAGAGCCUUAUAAAGUACAUGGAAACUCAGAGAAGUUACACAGCCUUGGCUGAAGCAAAUUGCCUGAAAAGAGCCUUAAUCAAAACACAACUGUGUGUUUUAUUUUGUAUUCAGUUGUGUCUCAGAUUGCUAAUUCUGUUGCUUUGCAUAUUGCACAGCAUGUGCACUUUGUUUUGUUGCUUACUCUUUAGUAUGUGCAAUUUACUCUGCAGCUUGCUGUUUAUUAUACCCAAAAAGUUAAUGAUAGUUUCGAGAACAGUUAUUAGACUAGAACGCAGGACUCCUAGGUUAUUUACUCACUAGUGGGUGAAUUUUUUAUUAU